ACCCUGUCGCAACAAACCACCAGCCAAUUUGGAGGCCAGCAAUCGUAGCAGCCGAGCCAACCCCUGCAGGCCAGCAGCUCCUGCAGCCAAGAAGCAUGGGUUCCCUGGGACCUAGCGUGGUGACCCUGCAGCAGCAGAAGCAGCAGCCCAAUAAGGCCGGCAAGCCCGCGGCGGCGGCCGCCGGCGAGCAGCAGCAGGCAGGCGGUAGCAGCAGCUGCGGCGGCGGCGGUGGGUUCUUCCGGAUGCCGCUGCACUACCCGCGGUACAAGAGGGCGGACUACGAGGCGAUGCCGGAGUGGCGCGUGGACUGCCUGCUCCGCGAGUACGGCCUCCCCGUCGCCGGCGACCUCCGCGCCAAGCGGGAGUUCGCCAUGGGCGCCUUCCUCUGGCCCGGCCAGUACUGAUGGCUGCAUUGUUUGUUGUUGGCGCCGUCCCGCAUCGUGGAAGCAUCGAUGGAGAUUCUAUUUCUCCCCCGAUCGAUGGUUGCCAUUGGAGUGAGUGAGUAUGAACUUUGUUCGUCGUCCCGUGAUCGAAUCUCCUGCGGGAUUAUCAUCGAUCGUGAUGAAAUAAUUUCGCCGAUCUCCCCUUCACCUCGCGUGCAUCGAUCGUCGUCGAAUCGGCAAAUUCAGUAGCAUCUGUUCCUGCCAGCCUAUGUACUUUAUGUAUGGAAAGACGUUGCCGCGUGGUAGUAGUUGUGAACUUGUGACUGCUAUUCGCAUGUCAUCUGAAGGGCUGCAUAUAUGUACUAUGCGUGUGAUGAUUAUUCGACCUAAUAUGGGUUAGGCAAGCCUUGUUUCUUA